ACACAUAUUUUUAAAAAUUCAAAUCAAUAUUUUCAAACUUUAUUGUUAUGUUAAUCAGAAAAAUCGUUAAACUAAUUUUAAAGAGGUUUAAUAUCCCGGUAGAGACACAGGCACGCCUCCGCUGGCUAAACAACAUCCCAACGCUCCAAUGUGACAGAAGUUUAAUGUCCCUCCAGCUCCAUGGACCAGUCAUCAUGAUACUGGGCCCGUCACUCCUCCCCCACCUCCAGCUCUGGCCCCGCCCCCUGCUUCACCGCCUCCUGUCGGACCUCUGGACCAAUGGCUGCGUGGCGUCCUGCAGACGCCUCAGCACCGACGGCCACACCCCUCAGCCCGUGAUUGGCCAGGACUCGGUGGAGGUGUUGGGCCGCUCCUACCCCCGGGACGACUUCACCAACGUCACCCCGAAGACGUUGUCCAGAGUGGGCCGAGACCUCCACAACCAGAUGCACCACCCACUGUGGCUGAUCAAGGAGCGAAUCAAGGCUCACUUCUACAGCUCCUACAUCGGCCGCUGGGGAAACCCGCUGUUCUCCGUCCACGACAACCUGAGUCCUGUGGUCAGCGUGGAGCAGAACUUCGACAGCUUGCUGAUUCCUCCCGACCACCCGAGCAGGAAACGAGGAGACAACUAUUACCUGAACAGAACCACGAUGCUUCGCGCUCACACGUCGGCCCACCAGAGGGAGCUGGUGAGGUCGGGGCUGGACGCCUUCCUAUUGGCCGGAGACGUCUACCGGCGGGACGAGAUCGACUCCAGUCACUACCCAGUGUUCCACCAGAUGGAGGGAGUCCGACUCUUCUCCAACCACGAGCUCUUCUCUCAGGUGUGUAGUGGUGAUCUUCUGUCUCUGUUUGAACGAGGCGGCCGUCGGACUCCAGAGAAGCAGGAAACUCACAGUCUGGAGGCCGUGAAGCUGCUGGAGUUCAACCUGAAGCAGACUCUGACUCGACUCGUCGCUCAGCUGUUUGGAGAAGACGUAGAGAUCCGCUGGGUCAACUGCUACUUUCCCUUCACUCAUCCCUCUUUUGAGAUGGAGGUUCGUUUCCAGGGCGACUGGAUGGAGGUUCUGGGAUGUGGAGUGAUGGAGCAGGAAAUACUGAACUCUGCAGGGGCCGGGAACAAGCUGGGCUGGGCCUUCGGUCUGGGCCUGGAGAGGCUGGCCAUGAUUCUGUUCAGCAUCCCAGACAUCCGGCUGUUCUGGAGUCAGGACGAACGCUUCCUGAAGCAGUUCAGAGUGCAGGACAUCCACCAGCCCAUCGUCUUCCAGCCGCUCAGUAAAUACCCGCCGCUCUCCAACGACAUCUCCUUCUGGCUGCCGGACCACGGCUUCACCGAGAACGACUUCUACGAGCUGGUCCGGUCCAUCGGAGGAGAUCUGGUGGAGAAAGUGACGCUGGUGGAUGAGUUCACCCACCCAAAGACCGGGAGGCGGAGCCAUUGUUACCGCAUCAUCUACCGCCACAUGGAGCGAACGCUGACUCAGCAGGAGGUGCGAUUCGUCCACGGGCAAAUCGAAGGCGCUGCCGAGAGCGAGCUGGGCGUCCAGGGCCGCUACUGAUUCACACAAACACUCAGAUGGAUGUUUAUACUGCAGACUGUCACGCAGCUUCAUCACGUCGUCGUAGCUGCGAUGUUUCACCACCGACGUCACAUCAGUUCGUCAUCCUGCCUCCUCUUCAGGCUGAAACAUCCCGAUCUGACGCCUUCGGUUUCCAAAAACAUCCUCCGACAUCACACUCCGACCGCCGAUAUUUAGGUUUUCUGACGGCAGCCGGACCUCGGCAGCUGCUCUGUUACUGAAAACAUUCAGCGUUAAGGCCACCAGGCACGUCUCAGAUGAUCCUCAGCAGGGAUUUGAUGCAUUUGGAUGUUUAGAAACUGCAAACUAAAGGUUGUUUUAUCAUUCAUAUGAAAGUCCAAAAGGUCCUGAAACACUUUUAUGUUGGUAGAAAUUACAACCAAAACUAGUUGUCCUCUAAUUUUACCCUCCAGCAUGUAAAAAUAACAUAAAAUUCAAUAAUAUUUGGCAUUUUUCUUAUAUUGGCACCAUUUUUUCCCCAGUCCGGUUUAUGUGGCAACGUCCUCUUGAACAAACUUCACUAGAGUCUGUAGGGAGGUGGUCGGGGUGGAUGAUGGGUGCAUAAAACACACGACCAGAAUCAUGAAAAUGGUUUUUGCAACAAAAGAUGUUUGAUUAAAGCUUCCACCAAAAGAAAGAAAGUCUGGAAACUUUUCAAACAACUAAAAACUUCACCCAGUUCCAUGUUUUCUGUGUUUUCACCGUGACGAUUAGCGGGCUGUCACAGCUACUAGCUCGCUACCGAUAGUAGUUUCUGGUUCAUUUUUCGGUUCUCGAGACAAAUAUCAGUUUACGAUGCAUUAAAACCUGAAGUAGCUGAGCGGAAGAGAGAAGAAACACUGAAGAGAAAUCAACAAGAAAGAAAGACUUUUAUCAUCCUCCAGAUAAACACAUGAAAUCAAUUCUUUUUUUUUUCUUUACGUUGGAAAUGACAGCUUGAAUUAAAGCUGCGGUUUGUGUGUUGUAGUUUUUCUGACGGGUUUAUAUGUUUAGAUAAAACAUUAAAACAGUUUGGUGA